GGAGAACGCCGUGGAUCACAUCCCAGAGGGGGGCGAGGAGUCUUUCGCUCAACAGAUGAGCAGGAAAGUCCACCGCGUCACCAAGUAUCUUGCUGACCAAGAGAAGGUGACGUACACUCUCCUGCUUGCCUUGAGCUCCAAGCCCUUGGACGACCUGAUCGUGGACAUCAUCCGGCGUGAUGGGAACGGUCGGGUGCUCGCAGAUUUGUCGUCGCCGACAAACAUCAGUCCCGUUCGGAAGUGCCAGCGCGAGUUCGUGCAGACCCUCACCAGCGGCAUGGCCUUUUCGCUCGUGUCGGAAUAUUUCGUUUUGGACGCUGCUAGCAUGCGUAGACACAUGGGGGAUUGCAGGACUUGCGUAAUUGAGUUAUCGUCGGCUGUGCAUUGGAGAGUUGACUUUUACUUGAAGCAGUUCCCGUUCCAGUUGAUCAAGACCGUUCACCCGCGCCCUGCCCGCCGUGGUUCUAUAGAUGCGCCUGCCGCUGUUGCCGAUCGCUUGUUCUCCGUGGGCGAAUGCUGCUUGGACAUUGGGUUCUCGCUCAAAGUACGUCGCAAGUACGGCACCGCUCAGGCGGCGUUGGCCAGCCAGGCGCUGAGGGGCUGUUUGACAUCCUGGAUGAACCUGGGCAGGGUCUCGGUCGCCCACGUGGAGGGCAGCCACGAGCGAGCUGCCCGAGCACAGUGGAUGGCGGAGUAUCGCGGCAUGUCUGUGGCUCAACGCGAUGACUUCCACCAGUUGCAUGACCGCUUGGAGAACGAGGGCGCUGCAGACCAGCAUCUCGACAACGGCGAGGCUGACUUGCUGGAUAUCGUCCGAGAGGCCCGCUGCUCGCGAAGCGGCUCCCGCGUCGAGGACUACGGCGUCGAGCAGCUCUCGCGGCGGCUUCUCCCAUUUGAUUUCGGCGACGAGUUCUGGCCAGUCGACGCCGCGAAGUUCCAGGCGCACCUGGAGGUUUUGGCGCAGAAGUUCGGGAUCGAAGAGUGGAGAGGCGGCUUGGGCCUCCUGGGCGAGAAACGGAGGGGUGAGAUCCGUUGCGACAUGUGCGUCGAUGCGGACCCUCGCUUGGCCCCCGCUCUGAGAGUGAAGCUGCCGUGCUGGGAGGAGCAUCCAGGACUUUGCCGAAGGGACGACGCCCCCCAUUUUGCGUGGGCGAUGCGCUUGGCCAGGUCAAUACAUGCGGAGCUGGGUGCAUCUGUUGACAUGGGGUGCUUCGUGAGCUUCCACACUGACAGGUACUCCUCGCCGCCCUUGUGCUUGGGCCUUCGCCGUUAUCGGAUGCCGCCCUUGCUGGUCUUUGCGAGAUGCAGUUUCGUCGAUGCUGAUUCUGAUGAAGAGGGGGAUGGCGACGUCCACGGUCCGAAGUACAUCCAAGUCGACACUCAGAGAGGCGAGCUCGCGUUCCACACGAGUUACCGUGCUGCUCGGGCGUUGGCAAUUGCUGGAGGCGCCGACGCCAAUGCUCACAUGGUGAUGUUCGUCACAGAGAACGUUGAGUACAGCCCGACUCGCGUUCGCAUCGUGGACCGCAAGUACUGCGAUUUAG